AUAUAUGCUCGCCUUCUUCCCGGUCCACAUGAAGUGAUCCACACACUGCGGCCAGAUCUGCGAUAAUGAGGAAGCCGGAUGCUCCUCCCAGUGGCAGCACCGGCGGUGGAGGUAACAAGCUGAGGAAGGGGCUGUGGUCGCCCGAGGAGGACGAGAAGCUCAUGAACUACAUGCUUAGGAACGGGCAAGGGUGUUGGAGCGACGUCGCCCGGAAUGCCGACUUGCAGAGGUGCGGCAAGAGCUGCCGGCUUCGGUGGAUCAAUUACCUGCGCCCUGAUCUCAAGCGCGGCGCUUUCUCCCUCCAGGAAGAGGAGCUCAUCGUCCACCUUCAUUCCAUUCUUGGCAAUAGGUGGUCUCAGAUCGCUGCGCGUUUGCCUGGUCGAACUGACAACGAAAUAAAGAACUUCUGGAACUCCACCAUCAAGAAGAGGCUAAAGAACUCCAACAACAGCGGAGAUGCGGAGACCAGAGGAGGAGCCGCGAGCCUUGCACACGUAAAGGAGCAUCAACUGCAGGGCAUGUACGUGGACUCCUCCUCCUCCUCGUCGUCUUCUUCGAUGCCUGGUGGUUUGUUCAUGGCCAACCAGUAUGACCUGCUGCCCCUCCCCGAGGUCGGCUGCGGCAUGAUCAGAGUCGAAGACAGCUCCUACUUCCACGAACCACCAACCGUAGCCCAAGCCGGCAUGGAGAAUGGGUUCUAUGGGGAUGGCCAGGGAGUGAUGAUGGUGGAAGGAGGCCUCAUGGGAGGAGGAUGCGAGCUCUUUGUGCCCCCUCUCGAGAGCAGUCAAGAAGAGACCCUCAUGAACGAUGGAGGUGCAGGGAGCAUGGUGAGCAGUGCCGACAUCAGCAACAGUGGUGAUGUGAACAAGAUCCAAAGCGGAAUGCUUUGGGAGGACGAGGACAUUAGAGUGGGGGAGUGGGAGUUGGGAGACUUGAUGAAAGAUGUCUCUUUUCCUUUCCUUGAUUUCCAAGUCGAAUGAUGGGACAUUCAUUCCACAGGUAUAUCACCUCCACAACCCAUCUCUCUUUCUUCUCCUUUCCUCAACCUUACAUCUGCUUGCCUUUCUCUUGCCACUACAUAUACAGCAUGCCAAAUAUGUUUCAGAUACAAAAGAAGAAGAAAACUCGGUCAAGCUAAUUGAUUAUGCUGCUCAAUUCUUUGAAGCCUCUUAAGCUUCUUUGUUACUCCACAAAAUCCAUAUUCACCAAUAAAGUACAGGCAACGUUUGGUUCUCAUUCUCCUUCCUCACCUCUGCAGAUGAAGUUAUGUAAAUAGGUUCAUGGUGUUCAAGGGGGAUGACAAGGAAAUAUAUACAUACAUAUGAUUCUUGGUUCAUGGAAGGUGGUUUUAGGGUGUGAUUCAACAACAUUUGCAAUUGAGGAAAUCAUAUGUACCAGUGAAAGAUAGAAAUUAAAUGAAGCAAAUUUUUUUUAUUUGUUUUUUUUUGCAUAUAAUAGAGGCAUCUAUGAUUACAAGUUUCCAGAUGAAGGAAAGGAGGAUUCUAUGAAAAGCUUUGUACUACUCUUUUAUUUUAAAUGCGACAUAUGUUUCUCACCACCAUGGUUGGUAGUAAAAGUAUGUGUGGAGUGUGGGAUGAUGACUUUUCUCAUUUGCUAUGGUACAUGGACCAAAACUAAAUGAUAGAAAGGUGGUGGGGCUGUAUGAAACAU